AUCGUGCGUGAAUGUGUGUGUGUGCACAGAGUGUGCAGUGUGUGUGUGCAGUGUGUUGGAGGGGGAAUGAGGAUCAGUGCUGUAUUUCCAGUCUGGACUGAGGAUUCACACAGACGCAGCACAGCGGCCUCCAGCCUGCAGGUGCAGGGGUGCAUGUGUGAUGGCGUCCAUACCCCUGAGCGUCCUGCUCUUCCUGUUUAUCCUCACUCCAGGUGUGUUCAGCAUAGGUGAGGAUGGGUACACCUGGCCUCAGAGGAAGCUUCCCCUCCUGCGCUUCAAACGGAGCAUCCGGUUGGACAGUUCCAGCUUCACUGCUGAGCGGCAGGCCGAGCUGCACGGGACCUGUGGGAUCGAGUGCCAGCGGGAACUUCCGAAGCCCAGCUUGCAGGACCUAGAGAACAUGCUGUCCUACGAAACCAUGUACGAAAAUGGCACACGAAUGCUAACCACAGUUAGCCUGCAGCAGGGCGCUGAGCUAGCUGCAAAUUCCUCCUCGUCCCCAUCUCGCCACAAGAGGGAGGUUUACGGCCCAGACACGCGGUUUACCAUCUCUGACAAGCAGUACUCUCUCAAAUACCCGUUCUCCACCUCUGUUAAAAUCUCCACUGGCUGCUCUGGAGUGCUAGUUUCCCCCAAACACGUGCUAACCGCUGCACACUGCAUCCACGACGGCACCGAUUACCUGAAGGGGGCGCAAAAGCUGAGCGUGGGAAUCCUCCGCAAGGGCAAGAAGGGCAAGGGCCGUGGAAAAGGAGGAGGGAAGAAAAGACAAGGGAAGGAUGGAGAGGAGGCACAGGAGGAAGAGGAGAGGAAAGGAGAGAAGAAACAAAAAGGGGAAAAGAAAAAGGCAAAAGGUCGGAAGAGCCGGAGCAAGCGGAGCACAAAACCCGAAAAAUCCUCCCUUCGCUGGACGAGGGUCAAGCAGACACAGGUGCCCAAAGGCUGGUUCAAGAGUGUGUCAGAUGGUGCCACAGCAGACUACGACUAUGCCGUGCUGGAGCUGAAGAGGGCACAGAAGAGCCGCCACAUGGACCUGGGCAUCAUCCCCUCUGUAAAGAAACUCCCAGCUGGCCGUGUCCACUUCUCAGGCUUUGAUGACGACAGGCCUGGAAACCUGGUGUACCGUUUCUGCUCUGUUUCUGAGGAGUCCAACGACCUGCUGUACCAGUACUGCGACGCCAAGCCCGGUUCCAGCGGUGCCGGAGUGUACGUGAGGCUGAAGGAGCCCGGCAGCAAGAGGAAGUGGAAGAGGAAGGUCAUCGGGGUGUUUUCAGGACACCAGUGGGUGGACGUGAAUGGGCAGCAGCAGGAUUAUAACGUGGCCGUGCGGAUCACACCGCUGAAGUUUGCUCAGAUCUGUCACUGGGUGCAUGGAGACUCUGGACAGUGUCAGAAUGCUUGAGGCACUGCCGAUGUAGCCAGAUGGACUGAACUCUCUUUACCCCACAAUUCCCAUUCACCUUAGCCUUUAACCACAGUGGGUUAAAGCACCCUGGAGCACCCCUGCCCUGCCCAUUUGAAGAUAAAUUCACGGGUAUAGGAUUGAAAUUGACGAAUAGGAUCAUUUUGCAUUUAUGAGACACAGAUCUGGGGCUGGAUUCAUGAAAGUGGAAUUUAAAAGAUCUUAAAACAUACAAUAUGUUUUAUAACUUAUUCAUUCAUACAGUACUUAUGCAUUCCCAUACCCAAUAUUGCCUAAUCAUACCCAUCCGUGUAUAUCUAUACCCAUCCAAUCUUAUCCAUACCCAUACUCAUCUAGAUUAUCCAUACCCAACCAUACCAUACCAUACUUAUCCUUUGACCAUCUAUACCCUCUUAUUAUUUAUACCUUUUCCAUUCCGUACCCAUCUAAAAAUGGUCAUUUCUAUUUAUACCCAUCCAUUUCAAUCCAUACCCAUCUAAACCCAUCCAUACCCAUCUAAACCUAUCCAUACUUAUUUGUACCCAUCUAUAUCAAUCCAUAUCCAUCUAAACCCAUCCAUACUUAUUUAUACCUAUCUAUAUCAAUCCAUACCAUCUAUAUCAAUCCAUACCCAUCUAAACCCAUCCAUACUUAUUUAUACGCAUCUAUAUCAAUCCAUACCUAUCUAUAUCAGUCCAUACCCAUCUAAACCCAUCCAUACUUAUUUAUUCCCAUCUAUAUCAAUCCAUUCCAAUCUAAUGUAAUCUAAUCCAAUCUACAUGUAUUUCCUCACCCAUACCCAUGUACCCAUAAUCUUCCACAAACAAUCCAUACUCAUACAUACCUAUUAAAAUUCAUCCAUGUAAUAUAAACUCAUCAUACUUAUCUAUACCCAUACCUAACUGUGCCUUAUCUACCAGUACUCAUCUAUACCCCUUCAUACCCAACUGUACUGAUAUAUACCCCUCCAUACACAAUCAUAACAAACUAUGCCCACAUGUUUGGAAGAUUUUCUUCUUAACACACUUUUCAUGAAUUCAGCUUCAGAUUUCUUCACAACAAUAGGAUCCUUUUAAUUCAGGUUUUGAUAAAAAAUAUAUAUAUAUACAUCAUGCAGGGUAAGGGGACUCCAGGUACACCAGGUCCAGGAUUGUAAACAUCUACCGUCAACCACCGCAACCCCCACUACACUGCUUCAUGUGGCGGAAUCGCUUCUUCAAACAGCAACACAGUGUGGAUUUAUCCAGCAGAGAAGAUGAAUGAUGGAGAAGAUGGCGAAAAGCUAUCAGGCGUGAUGUAUAUUUUGUUGGUGGCCUUGUGUUAUUUAUCACCCAGAAGCCUCGAUUGAUGUUCACAACUAGGCUGUUGGUCACAGCAAUUCCUCACUUUUUAUUUUUUCUGUAAAAGACUGUUACCACCUUAUUGCUGAAAACAUUAAUUUAUUUUAUUUUGUAACUAAAUCUAGCUAUAAAAGUGCUUUUAAUUGGAAUAAAUUCCUGGCUGCAGUAGGAUAGUUAGACUAUAGACCUCGCAUUGCGGGCUCAGUGAUGCCCCGCCGAAGCUUCUGAAUGCAGCUUGGAUGCCUUUAUUUUGAGAUGGCUUAGGAAUGAGUUUGCUAGAUUUGGUUCAGUGACCCAGAAAAAAAAUAGUUUUUCUGAGUGGGAAAUCUUUGGUAUAUAUAUUUGGUAUUUAGGUUUUUAAAGGAAUAGUUCAGUGAAAAUUUAAUUUACACAGAUUUCCUUUUACCCCAAUUGUAGCCAAUUAGCUAAAUACUAAACAUAAAUAUGGUGUCCAGAUUUUGCUUCUUUAGAUUAGUACUGAAACUACAAGGCUAAUGUGGCUAGCUAACAAACUGUAACAGAAUAUUAACACCCCUUUAAACCCAAAUGCCUUAGUGUGCUAAUAGCUACACAAAACAUUGAAAGAGACAUUUUAUCAUGAUCAUAUCACAUAAAUCUGUUAAAUACCAGUAGUCGCUAUGUUUGUUGUUUCACUGACUGUUGCUGUUGUUAGCAAUGUAGCCUUUUGCUACUUUUGUUAGCUAGCUAAUGAAAUUGUAUUAGUAUCACAUCACUAUAUUAUAAUGUACACUAUCAAUAAAUGUCUAUUUUCAUACAUAAGGUGCACCGGAUUAAAAAUCGCAUUAUGUCACAUUAAAACUGUAAUUCCUAAAAAAAAAACUAAAAAAACAAUGAGUCGAACGAGCAUUUGAUGUUAAUCUACACAGAUUUCUCUCCUGAAAACUGUUUAUUUGGGUGAGUAAAGCGCUUACUACAUUUAUUCGCAGUAAGCUUAGAUUUCCAGAAUUUCACUAAGGCUGGGUGUAGCGGCAUUAGCAUUAGCGGCUUAUCGCUAGCGCUAGCAGGACGUACAUGCCGUCUGACAGCGCUCCACUGAGGAACCCUGAGUGUCCCGGUAAGCCAGGCAGAUAUUAGCUAGCAGUUUUUCCCAUGUUGCUCACUUGCUACCUCUUUAUACCCAUCUAUUUCAAUCUAUACCCUCCUAAACCCAUCCAUACCAUACAGGUAUAGGUGUGGACACAGGCUACAGUCCAAUAUACUCAUCUCUGAACGACAAAAAAGCUAGCACUUAGCAUGGUUAGCGGUUAAUGCUAAUGCUGCUCCGGCAGUGCUAGCCUUCGUUAUUAGCAGGCAACAGGCAAAUAAUACUUACUUCUGAACAGUAAAAGAAUUAGCACCUAGUAAUAAGAUAUAAUAUAAUAUAAUAUAAUAUAAUAUAAUAAAAUAUAAGAAAUAAAUAUAAAAUCUUCCUUGCUUGUUUAUAACUAUAAAAUCAUAUGUAUGAAUAUUUUGAGCACUUUUUUGUGAUUAUUAGCUAGCUACAGUUGCCACAUAGCUCAAUUUCUAAGCUAAUGCUGCACUGAAUUUGAACUCAAAUGUAGAAAUUUAAUAGUUCCAAUAAAAAGUAAAAUUUUAACUGGAACACCAUUAACUCGCAGCCUAAAGUAGCAAAAUUUGGACACCACAUAAAAAUCCUCUUUGACGGACUGCAGCUGGGGUAACAGAGAAAAGUCAAUAAAUUAUAUUUUCAAUGAACAUGAUUUUUUUACUUUAAUAUUUUAUAUUUGUUUUUAUUUUAUUAUUGUUUGUGUUUUUAGAUCAAAAUAAAUAAAUGUUUAACAGAAUAGUCAGCAUUCUAAACAAAAACUCUUUCAGUCACUGCUGAACUACAAUGUAGAGGUAAAUAUUGGUAUUGUUAUUAUUGAUGUUAAACUGUUUUAUAUAUAUAUAUUUCCUGGGCGUUUGUCAGUUUGGUAACGCAAGGUUUCGCCCACAAAUGCAGGUGCUCAUGUUGACUCUUGGUGCUAAUUUAAUGUCUAAUAUUAAAGUUAUCAAUGUAUAUUUGCAUAGUGUACUGUAUAAGUGUAAGUAUUAAAUGUGAGGUUCAACUGAUUGAUUCAAAA